AUGCUCUGCGCCUCGUCCGGCUGCGAUUCUAGCAGCAUCUGGUGUCCGCCAACUCCUCCCCCAACAUUCAACUCCGCCGUCAUUAACGGAUGGCUCGCCGACCAGCCAGUCUCGCCCCAUCCGCCUCAUUCUGACCGAAAACGCACCCGCAGUCCAUUCCUACAGGCACCGCAACCUAAGCGACGGAAGGAUAGCAUAGAGCAAUUGUCCCCGAACGAAGGCUACGUGGAAGAGAACGCUGUCUUAGGAGACACUGCGACAACACUAAAGCCAUCAAGGCGGAGUCGACAGCGUGGGCUGACCCAGCCGCCGCUGGAUCUGGCUUCUUUCUCUGGCACCCAUCGUCCAGACAGCAUCACCCCUUCCGGCUCGUACAUUAAUGCGCUCGCUCACCAUCCUGUCCUCCACCCAUCUAACACCAAUUCAAGUAGCUCCUCCGUACAAUCCGGGAAGUCCAAGUCGAAGCGGGCAACGAGUCCGACCAAGACCUACGGCGAUCUGCAGCUCUUGAACAAGCCGGUCAAAUAUGGCGUCAUGGAUGCGGAGCGGGACGACCUGCCAGAAGACAUACGCGUACUCAUCGAAGAUCUCCAGACGCUGUGCGAAAAUGUGGGCAUAAUACCGUCAAAGAUGCAGGAUCGCAUCACUGGCGCGAAGAAGCGCUCCCAGUGGACGUACGAGACAGGUCGUGACGAGCUUGAUCUCAUGAUCGAACUGGAUACGAUAAGAAGGGUGCAAGCCGCGGCUGUUUCACUGUCCACCACUGGGGACCAUGAGCCGCAGUGGUAUUGCUCGGUGCAGUGGCCGCUCUUGGACGUGGCCUUCCGUCACCUGUCUCAUAUCGAGCCUAAGCAGAUAUCACACGCCCUCCCCAUCAAGGAAUGUCUACCCCAAACCGGCGAACGGUAUUCCGAAUCUCGACUCGUCGACUUCGCCAUCAACCUCAUCCCGCAAUCUGUUUCCGACGACUCUCUUUCAGAAUGGCUGAGAAGUCAGCCCAACAACCUUCGCACGGUUAAUCAAUCGCUUUAUGCCCCACUCUGCCGACAUCCCACUAUGAUAUCCGUUGAGGUCAAGGUUAAUGGGACCGAGGAAGAGGCUCGGGUCCAAACCGGUAUCUGGCUGAGUGCGUGGCAUGAGCGGGUCAGCCAGAUUGGCGCUAAUGAGGAUCACCGGAUCAUUACGUUGCCGGUCAUCAUGGUGCUGAACCACUAUUGGCAUCUCUAUUUGGCGGUUGAUAAAGGCUCACACAUUGAAAUUCUACAGUUUACAGAAAGCAUAGGAGAUACUUUGUCGCUUGUGAAGGUUUACCGGAUACUUGCUGUCCUCCGGCGUUUAGGCAAGUGGGGAUUGGAAACUUUCGAGCCUUGGUUCAAGGCGAAAUUUCUUGACCUUACAUAG